UCUAAAGAGAAAAAAUUAAGUCGGGUUUGGUCUUCUACAUGUAACGAGAGUGAGAGACAGUUUGAUCAUGGCAGCUUUGACAGAUGAAGAUUUGGAAAGAAUGGCAAUGGAAGAAAUCCUCAAAGAGUCCAAGAGAAAUGCAGAGAGAGCCAAAGAAUUUGGAUCCCUGGGAUGGCAGAAUCCAGGAAAGUCGACUAACAAGAGGUUCCUAAGUAACAUGCUGGUGAGCACAUUAAGGAACCCCCUCCAAAAGAGCAGAUUUAAUAAUGAGACACAUUCUAGUGAUUCCGAAAGAUCUGAUGGACGAAAGAAACGAAGGCACUCGCAGGAAGACAGACGAAGGAAUAGUUCUGAAAGGUACUCCAAAAGUUACCAAGAUGAAAGGGAGAAAAAUUUAUCAGAAUCUUUGUACAGGAGAAAGAAUAUGAGAGAAACUUAUGAUCCUCACAGCAGGAGGUUCUCUGGUAACAGGCAGUCAUCUGAAGACAGCGGAAGAAAAUACCAAAAGAGCAACAGCAGAAAUCACAGAGGUAAUGGAAGAUCUUCCUUCCAAAGGGGAGGAUCACUGGGGGAAGAUGAGGACAUUUAUCAUGAGGAUUACAUGGAAUAUAUUCAGAACUACAAGAAACACAUGAAUUACUAUGAAAAAAUGGAAGAGUGUAUGCAGGAAAAAUAUACAAGGUCUUAUCAUUCUGAGGAAGGUAGAGGUCUUCACAAUGUGGCAAGGAUGGAGGAACAAGAGGGUCCUUCAAGUAAAAGUGAAAAACUGGAAAAAGCAUCCAAAAUCACAAAUAAAAGGUCUUGGAGUUACAGCAAUGAGUUCUCAGGAAGUGAUUUUUCAGAAUGUGAGAAAAAAUCCAAAACAAGAAAUCAUUCACUGUCAUCCACAAGAAAGAAAAAGUCAAAACAUAAGAGAAAAGGUUUCAAGGAAAAUGAAAGGAAAACCAAACAGAAAAGGAAGAAUUCUGUAGUUAAUAGCAAAGGUAAUUCUGGAGACGUUAAUUCACCAGAGGGAAGUGCAUCUGCAAGAGACAGUGAACCCAUCUCAGGAUGUUUUGAAGUGCUAAAGGGGAAUAACUCUGAAUUAUCUAGCACAAAAUCAAGUCAAGAGGAAAAAAUAUCAGAGAAGAAACAAUCAAAACACAAGAAACAUAAAAAUAAAAAACACAAAAAAGACAAAGAAAGUAAUCACAAGUAAAUAUUAUGUACUGAGAAAUAGAGCUGGGUGACAUUAUUGUGUACUUGU